ACAGAAGUACGGGGCAAGAGGAGGGGCUUGCAGGUGAAUCCCAGACGGGCUUUCAAGAGUGCUCGGAUAGUAGAGGGUCAGAAAGACAUGUCACCAGCCAUCUUCACUUCACAUUUAAGAGACUGACAAGCAGCCUCUGAAGUGCCAACGAGGUGGUACUGUCAGCCAUGGACAUAGAAAAAGUUUUCCUAAUUGUGACAGUGGGGUGCUGGGCUGCCGUGGCUUACUAUAUCCUACUAAAGAGCAAAAGCUCAGUAUACCCAGCUUGCACGCAGUCAAUAGAGUCCCAGGUGGAGGAGCACAAAGAAGGAGACCUGAUGAAUGUGUGAACUGCAACAUGCUACCGAGAACCUUGGACAAAGCUGUCCCUGCAAAGCCACGUGCUGGAGCUUUGAAUUUUCCAGCCACCCAUGACCCAGACCCCAGAUGCUGUUCCACUAUGGGGGCUACAGCCUGCAAUGGGUCAGUAGAUGGCUCUACUGUCUUCUACCUGGUGGGCAUUCCCUCCCUACCAGAGCGCUUCUACCUCCCUGUCUUCUUUCUUUUCCUUCUGUUCUACCUGCUCAUCCUGGUGGGGAACACCCUGAUCCUGGUGGCUGUGGUGGCUGAGCCCAGCCUCCACAAGCCCAUGUACUUCUUCCUAAUCAACCUCUCAGCUCUAGACAUCCUCUUCACCACAACCACUGUCCCGAAGAUGCUGUCCCUACUCCUGCUGGGAGACCGCUUCCUCAGUUUCCCUGCCUGCUUAUUGCAGAUGUAUCUAUUCCAAAGCUUUACAUGCUCAGAAGCCUUCAUCCUGGUGGUCAUGGCCUAUGACCGCUAUGUGGCUAUCUGCCGCCCACUGCACUACCCCGUCCACAUGACCCCACAGACAAACACUGCACUGGCAGCCAGUGCCUGGAUCACUGCCCUCCUCCUGCCUGUCCCAGCAGUAGUAAAGACCUCUCAGAUGGUAUAUAAUGACAUCGCCUACAUCUACCACUGCUUCUGUGACCACCUGGCUCUGGUCCAGUCCUCUUGUUCUGACACCAGUCCCCAGACACUCAUGGGCUUCUGCAUUGCCAUGGUGGUAUCCUUCCUCCCCCUCCUCCUGGUGCUUCUCUCCUAUGUGAGAAUCCUGAUGUCAGUGCUUCGGAUCAACUCCAAGGAAGGGCGUUCCAAAGCCUUCUCCACCUGCAGCUCCCACCUCCUGGUGGUGGGCACCUACUACUCAUCCAUCGCCAUAGCCUAUGUGGCCUACAGGGCUGACCUGCCCCUGGACUUCCACAUCAUGGGGAAUGUGGUCUAUUCGAUUCUCACACCGAUCCUCAACCCUCUCAUCUACACCCUGAGGAACAAAGACGUCAAAGCAGCCAUUACUAAAAUUGUUCAUCUCAAAGGCAUAAUGUGAAUGUUUGACCUCUCAGUGAAGCCAACUCUGCCUCAGGAUUCCAACUAGCUAUGUUUAGCUCAGAGAAAAAGACUCAGAGUGGUCCAGUGCUCAGAGUAGAAACUCAGUAAAUACUAAAAAGAUGGCCAAAUUAAUUAAUGUAAUGUUGCGUAAUAAAAAUUCCCUCAAUCG